AUGGCUCAAUCGGAUACGGACCUUGCAUAUUCUGCAAAGGAAGAAAAGAGCGACUCUUCCAUCCGCGGAGAGAAUGCGUCAACAAGCCCCGAUGAUUCGGGAUCAGGCACGUCAGGAUGGAUUCUCUUGAUGACAGUGGUAGCUCUGGCUUUGAGCAUGUUUCUUGUGAGAAUUACAUCCCACCCCUUCUUUGUCUGCGUAUUGCUAAUGCUGUGGAAGGUCUCUCUUGAUAUGACGAUCGUUGCGACGGCUAUACCGAAGAUAACAGAUGAGUUUGGUGGAAUUGAAUUGGUGGGCUGGUAUGGGUCGGCGUUUUUCAUCACGCUGGGAAGUUUCCAGGCGUCGUGGGGAAAGACAUACAAGUAUUUCCCUCUGAAGCCGGCCUUUCUGGUGGCGAUUGUUCUCUUCGAGGUGGGCAGUUUGAUGUGUGGCGUGGCUCGGAACAAUACGACCUUGAUCGUUGGACGCGCUAUUACCGGCCUCGGAGGUGCUGGAAUCUCGUCGGGAGCGUUUACCAUCAUCGCUCUGUCGGCGCCUCCUAAGCAGAGACCAGCGUAUAUCGGCAUUUUGGGAGCGUCGUACGGAAUCGCCGCGGCGGUCGGUCCUCUCCUCGGAGGUGCCUUCACAAGCCACGUUUCCUGGCGAUGGUGCUUCUACAUUAAUCUCCCCAUUGGAGGUGUCGCGGGAGGAAUCAUCCUUCUGUUGUACCGCGCGCCUCCACCACUACCAUUCCUAGGCGAGCCACUGCGGGAGAAAUUGCUGCAGCUGGACUUUCCAGGAACGAUGCUCCUUGUCGGGGCUAUGGUUUGCUAUGUGUUGGCUCUAGAGUGGGGUGGAAUCUCGCGACCGUGGAGUGACUCAACCGUUAUAGGAACGCUGGUCGGCUUCGGUGUGCUGCUGCUCAGCUAUAUGCUGGUGCAAUGGUAUCAGAAAGAUCGGGCGGCGAUGAUCGGCCGCUUACUGCGUGAGAGAAACGUGUUUAUCGCGAUGAUCUAUAUCCACCUGCUAGCCGGUACCUUUUUCCUGCUGGUGUAUUACCUGCCCAUUUACUUUCAGGUCAUUUCUGGCGUGUCUGCGGCCGAUAGUGGAGUUCGCAAUCUUCCUUUGAUUCUUGCUCAGAGUGUCGCUACCGUCUCGUCUGGUCUUGUUCUGAGUCGCGUCGGAUACGCAGCCCCGUUUCUCCUUUCCGGAGCGGCGAUCACGGCGAUAGGCUCGGGACUCUUGUACACCCUCAAAGUUGGCUCAGGCUCCGGGGAAUGGAUUGGAUUCCAAAUCCUGACAGGUCUCGGUGUCGGAUGGUGCUUCCAGGUGCCAGUCGUCACCGCGCAAGCUGCAGUGUCGCCGGAGGAUCUGCCCUCGGUCACCUCGAUGGUCUUGACGGUUCAAACUAUCGGCGGCGCAAUCUUCGUUUCGGCUGGCCAAUCGGCCCUUUCAAAUGUCCUGCUACGCGUUUUGCCCCGUGAAUCCCCCGAUCUCGAUCCUUUGCAGGUCGUGACCACCGGCGCGACCGAGUUACGGGCAACCUUUCCUUCGGACCAGAUUCCGGGAAUCCUCACAGCAUAUAUGGAAGGAAUUAAGGCGGCCUUCAUCAUUGCGACGGUUGCAUCCAGUUUAGCGACCGUGUCUUAA